GCCUCCUGACUGCUAGCCUGGUGCCUUUACCAUUAAACCAAGCUGGUUCUCUUUUGCUCUCUUUGGCUUUCGUGUCAAUCUGGGUGGUGGGAAAUUGUUUGGAGACUGUGGUUCGAAACCGCCAUGAUUUUCCCCAAAAGGCCACUUGCGACCUUGCAAAGUUGCACGGCUGACACUGAGCUGCGCUCAUCCAGUUGCUUUAUUUUCCUUGAUGUUUUUUUUUCCCCCUUUCGGCAGUCUGGUGUCUUUGGGGCGGAUUCUCUCCUGAGGCUCUCCGAUCCGCCCCGGAGCCAUCUUUGCUUCUACCCGGAUCUGCCGGUCCCACAAAAUCUGGGUUCCAGCUCCCAUGUCGUUCAGCGCCACCAUCUUGUUCUCCCCGUCCCACGGGAAAGAAGCCAAAUGCUGCUGUGGCACUUGCAAGCAGGAGCCAGAGGGUCCUGCCACGGCUCCGCCACCCCUGCCCCCAUCGUCCCCUCCGUGCACCCCCAUCACCGUCACGGGCACGGGGCUGACGGUCCAGUCCUCGGAGCAGCUGCUCCACCUCAUCUACCAGCGGGUGGAAAAGGCGGUCAGCUUAGCCGAACUGGCGCUGAGCUUGGCGAGGGCCAACAACGAAGCCCUGAGACGCCUCGAGGAAGACGUGGCGGCCCUGCGCCAGGGGCCCCUCGUGGCCCCCAAAGCCAGCCCCGAGGAGCAGCAAGCGGAGCCCGAAGACGAGGAAGAAUCGGAGGCCGAAGGGUUCGGGAACGGCGUCCAGGUGGUCAUCGAGGAAUUGAGGCAGCUGGGAGCCGCAUCAGCUGCAGUGGGGCGAUCCGAAUCUUUGGCCUUCUCGCCCGUAUCGGCCCUUGGCGGAGUAGCCGAGGAAUGUCCUCCAGGAGAUGCCCCAAUGCCGCCGGUCUAUGUUCCUCCUGCUUCCCCUACUCCACCGAUGGCCCAUCAGCCACUUCUGCAAUCUCUGGAUGAGCCCCUCUCUUGUCCAGAGGGGUCCCCCAUCAGCGCGACUCAGGAGGAGACCCCGAAUGGCGAACCCUAUUUCUCUGUAGGCUUCGCCAGUCUCCCUUGCAGGAGUAGAAACAUCGGGCAGAAGAACGCCAGGCGCAAACGGGAUCUGGUCUUGUCCAAAUUGGUCCACAACGUUCACAACCACGUCGCCAACGAGAAGCGGUUUGAUGGCGCAGAAAGUAUUAAAUCAUCCUGGAAUAUUUCGGUAGUGAAGUUUUUGCUGGAAAAACUCAGACACGAAUUGGUUUCCAAUCACCAUAAUUAUACGGAUAAAGAACUAAAAGGUGCCUGUGUGGCCUACUUUUUGACCAAGCGACGCGAAUAUCGGAAUUCUCUGAAUCCCUUCAAAGGGCUUAAGGAGAAAGAGGAGAAGAAAUUACGCAGCCGACGGUAUCGGCUUUUUGCCAACCGUUCCGCGGUGGCCCGGCUGUUGGGCUCGGAAGAGCAGCAACUGUGGCAAGGGGUAACGGAAGAGCUGAUGUCGGACGAGGAAGACAGCGCCCACAAACCCGGCGUGUGGGUGGCACGGCCCCCACGCUUCCGAGCGACGCCGCUCACUCAGCUCUGCUACCGCCUGGAUGCCAACUCGAAGCACGGCACCAAAGCCAACCGGGUGUACGGGCCGCCCUCCGAGCGCGUGCCCUCAGCGGAAGUCCAGCGUCUGCCCCCGCAGCUCUACAACCCCCGUUUUCAAGAAGAAGACCCCAGAACGGGCACCCCAGCCCACCUCCCCAGCCACAAAGCUUUCGGCCCCGAGCUCAGUUCGUUUGUGGAGAUCAAAGUGGAAAAGGAUGAGUAAGACUCUUCGGCUCUUUGCAAGAGGACCCGCCGAAUAAAAGCCAAGGAAUGGAGGCCGGGUUGCCUGCAAGGUUUUCUUGGUUGUCUGAAUUGGGAGUUGAAGAAGGAGAGGUAUAGAAUCAGGAUCACGUGAAGUGCUAAUACCACUUUACAAGGCCUUGGUAAGGCCGCGCUUGAAUACUGCAUCCAGUUUGGGGCACCACGAUGUAAAAAAAGAU